CCCAAAUUUGCAAGAUCGAGUUUCAAAUUUUGCUACGAAGAAAGAUGGGCCAGAUAGUAAUGGCAAUAGUUGUAUGCAUGAGCUUAAUGAGCAUAGACAUGGGCUUGUUCGUUCUUGGAGACGUAGGCACUGCUUCUUCCUACGACCCGCCAUACACCCCAACCAGAUGUAAUGGUUAUAGGGCAGACCAGUUUCCGCCGGGGAACCUGUUCGUGGCGGUGAGCGAAGGGUUGUGGGACAACGGAGCCGCCUGCGGGCGACGGUACCGGCUGCGGUGCCUGAGUGGCAGCAACAGGCCAUGCAAGGACGGCACGGUUGACGUCACCGUCGUGGACUACUGCCCCAGGUCUCCGUGCCCCUCCACCAUUCUCUUGUCCACCAAUGCCUUCUCCACCAUCUCCAAAUCUGCCUCCGCCAAAAUCAACGCCGAAUAUAUCCAGAUAUGAUCAGGGUUUCUUUGCGUCCAAGGAAUGAAGAAUGGAAGAGGGAAGCUCUAGUUAGAAUUUUGUCCUACAUUAUUGGAAUUCAAAUGUUACCCUCGACAUAUUCAUAUGUAGAUGUUUGCAUCUUCAAAGUGAAAGAAAGACCAUUUGAAUAAGA